AUGUGUCGAGUCCUCCGCCACAAAGAGACCUCUUUCCUCCUCAAUGUGCCAGACGGCGGCGGCGGCGGCGGCGUCCGAGUGGAGGUGCGCGUCGGGGGGCUGCGCCGAGGCCAUGUGCCCGGUCCCACCACAGCAGCGAUGGAGCACACCCCGAAAAGAAGAAGACCCCGAGGAGGCAAUUCGGUGCCGUGGCUGUUAUUUUUCUGCUCCCUCUGGAGCCCGGCCCGCCCGCAGUGUCCCGACGGCUGCCGCUGCGCCUGGGACACGGCCACCGUGCUGUGCUCGGACGCCGGUCUCCGGGAGGUCCCCGAGGGGAUCCCGUCAGACACGGUGUCGCUGCACCUGGAGCGCAACAACAUCCGGAGCAUCCCCGAGAGCGCUUUCGUGGAGCUGGCCCACUUGCGGGACCUCUACCUGGCGCACAACCGCAUCGACUCGCUGUCCUCGGGGGCCCUGCGGCGCCUGGGCCCCGAGCUGCGCCUCCUGGACCUGUCCCACAACCAGCUGAGGCAGGCCAGCCCGGACGAAUUCGGGGGCACGCGGGCCAAGACGCGCCUGUACCACAACCCCUGGCACUGCGACUGCACGCUCCAGGAACUCAUGGAGACGCUCAACCUGGAACCCGAGACGGUCAACGGAAUCGUCUGCGAGAGCUCGGUACGAGGGCUGGGCGAGGCCAGCCGCUGGGAGGACCCGGGCGUGCUGGGCGAGCACGCCGGACAGCCGCUGGUCAGGCUCCUGGACUCGGGCGUGAAUUUCUGCAGCCUGCAUAGGAAGACCACUGACGUGGCCAUGCUGGUCACCAUGUUCGUGUGGUUCUUCAUGGUCAUCGUGUACGUGGUCUACUACGUGAGGCAGAACCAAGCCGAGGCCCGUCGGCAUCUUGAGUACCUGAAGAGUCUACCGAGUCCCCGUAAGACCCCUACUGAGACGGAUACCCUAAGCACCGGCUUCUGA